AUAAAAGUCUGAAGUAAUUGAAGUUUUGAUUGAACAAGACCAGUUAUGGAACCUAUACCUGAAGGUGGAAGUACUAAGCAUCAAAAUAUACUAAAAAAAUCAAACUUUUCUUCUUCUUCUUCAUCAUCCGAAGAUUUAUUCCAACUCAAUGCUAAUGAGCUUAGUAAAUCGACAGUGGGCAAUGGAGAUGCUCAAUUAGCUUCAAGAGCCGAUCUUGACUUAUCCGCUGAAUUCACGGGUAUGGAUCCAAGUGAUUCUAGCCUUCACCAAUCAGAUAGGUUGUCAACGGUAAAUAUGUUCCCACCUGAUGCUACUCAAUUCCCUCCAACUCAGGUGAUGGGAAAAUCAGAUAUUGUCGAUCCAUAUAGGAUUCCUUCAUCCGUGUUCGAGAGGAGUAAGUCUACGGCACCGAUGGAAUGGAGUGUAGCUUCCAAUGAAUCCUUAUUUAGUAUUCAUGUGGGUAAUUCAAGUUUCUCAAGAGAUCAUGUCUUUUUAAUGGGGCGUUCCGGUGAAUUAACAAACUUUUCGAGCCCAACAGAAGGAAUCAUGUCUACUCCUAGAUUAUCUGACCCCACAUUAAAAGAAGGCUUGGAGCACCACCCCGAUGAUACUCAAGCUGCGAAUGCUGAAACGAUGAAGGAGGUUCUAAGGGCGGCUGCGGAUAAUAAAGCAGUGGCCCCUGCGCCUGGAGCUAGUGCCUCCCGUCGCUCAGAUGGUAGUGGAACCAGCAUCCGUUCGUUCGCAUUUCCAAUAUUAACAGAAGGAAAAAGUGGAUCUGUGAAGGUGGACCCAGAGAAUCGGUCAAAUAAAAAACAAGAGCCUCAAACACCGGUAGCAGAAGUAGCUCCAGUCGCUGCAAACGCUAAGUGGUUUCCCUGCUUUUCAUGUUGUCCAUUUUGUUGUUGAGAGAGUGUA